AUGACGGGUGGCAUGAAUGCCAUCGUCCCAGGUGCAUUGCCAGCGUCACUGAAAGUGCUGAUACUUGAAGAUGCUUUCAAUCAACCUCUGAUGGCGGGCACUCUACCUUCAUCACUCACGAAGCUCGAUCUCAAUUAUAACUUCCAACAUGAAAUCCCUGCCUCGGGUGAUCUCCCAUCCGGCCUGCUCAGACUCUCAUUCGGUCAUCUCUAUAACGCGCCAUUGAUGCCUGGUGUGCUGCCCCCGACGCUCAUCAGGCUGAAGUUAGGGGCAUGCUUCAAUCGUGAGAUACGAGUGGGUCUGCUCCCAUCAUCGCUUCAAUCACUCAAGUUUGGAUUCAACUUCAAUCAGCACCUACCACCUGGUUGUCUGCCUCAAUCACUCAAACAUCUGACACUUGGUUGGGAAUAUAUUCAGCUGAUUACCGAGGACUCAUUGCCAGCAUCACUGACAUCUCUAUGCUGUUGCAAUAGAUUGUUGAUGCGUCAUAUCACACCAAACACAUUCAAGCAUUGUCAUAUACAUACUGUUAGUAUAAUGGACAAUGGCACAUCAACGUCAAUAGUAAUACCAGAUAGUAUAAUGUUCAACGAACAUAUAAGUACACUCAAGGUGUUCCGACCAUUAUCAGAACGAAUACUUCUUAAUCAAUACCUAAAUACCUUUCAUGCUCCCAAUGUCAAGGCUGCAACAACUCUCAUGAUAUAUCCAAUCAACAACAAGAAUAUCGAUACAAGAAUCAUCCGACGUCUUGACUCAUCACAUUAUCUUGUCUUGAAGCGUGAAAAAUUCCACAUCGGAAAGUUGACCAAUAAACGCAUCAACUCUUAA